AUGGCGGUGGCUUGGUCGCCUGGGUACAGAAUCACGAGGGCGAGGCAGAGGCAGAUAUUCCUGAGGUCGUACCAGCUGGCUUCGGGGAGCAAACUUCAGAGGCGGCUGUCGAGAACAGGGAGGCUGAAGAAAGUGGCGGUGAAGGUGAAGAUGGUGGUGGCUUCGCUGGUGGUUUCUUUCAUGAAAGUCGGCGGCGGGUUGAGAUCGUCUUGUAGCUCUAAGGUGGCCACUUGCGUCGCCUCCCCCGUUAAAAUUAGCAGGUUUUGCUGA